AUGGCGCUCCUCGUUGACAAGCUGCGACCACGGUCGCUCGACGCACUCACAUAUCACCCCGAGCUUUCGGAUCGCCUACGGUCGUUGGCUCAGAGCGGAGAUUUCCCUCACCUUUUAGUAUACGGACCUUCCGGAGCAGGCAAGAAAACGCGCAUCAUUGCGACUUUGAAGGAACUGUACGGACCAGGCGUGGAGAAGAUCAAGAUCGACGCCCGAGUCUUCCAAACCACCAGCAACCGCAAGCUCGAAUUCAACAUCGUCUCCUCUGUUUAUCACAUGGAGAUCACCCCGGCCGACGUCGGGAACUAUGACCGAGUUGUCAUUCAGGAAUUGCUCAAGGAAGUCGCUCAGACGCAGCAGGUGGAUCUGUCAGCGAAGCAGCGAUUCAAAAUUGUCGUCAUCAACGAAGCCGACCAUCUCACGCGCGAUGCACAGGCCGCGCUGAGACGCACAAUGGAGAAAUAUAGUCCUAAUCUGCGUUUGAUCCUCCUCGCCAACAGCACGUCGAAUAUUAUCGCUCCUAUUCGAUCGCGAACUCUGCUGGUCAGGGUUGCUGCGCCUACGGAAAGAGAUAUUUGCUCGGCACUUCGCAUUGCCGCGAAGAGAGAGGGCUGGACUGAAGCCGACGGGUUGAACAAGCGGAUUGCAAAGGAGAGUGGUCGGAAUCUGCGUCGGGCACUGCUGAUGUUUGAAUCUAUCUAUGCGCAAAAAAAGUUACAGACACGAGCCCUAUCCCUCCCCCCCGACUGGGAAGCUCUCAUCCAAGUAACGGCGGAUGAUAUCCUUAAAGAUCGAUCACCUGCCAGCCUUUUGCAGGUUCGCACUCGCCUCUAUGAUCUUUUGACUCACUGCAUCCCCCCAACAACCGUACUCAAGACUUUGACUUUCAAGCUCGUGGCACGAGUGGACGACGCUCUUAAGCCCGAAGUGAUUAAAUGGUCUGCAUUCUACGAGCACCGAAUCAAGCUGGGAAGUAAAGUUAUUUUCCACCUCGAGGCCUUCGUUGCCAAGUUCAUGCGCAUCUACGAAACGUUUGUCACCUGA